UUAACUACUCCCACCGCACCCAAAAACAAAAAUAGAAAAGAGAAAACUCUCUCAGGCUCGGUCUCAGUGCUCCUGCUGCUUGUGCUAAACCGAAACUACUCAGCUCCUUAUCUUACGCCCACUGCUCUCUGCUCAGAGAGAGAGAGAGAAGAGAGAGAGAGAGAGAGCUGAAGAAACUUCAGUACAAAGGACCUGACUUGAACCCUAGUUCAUCAGUACUCUUUCUCGAUCUGUACACAGUAUGUUGUUUUGAAGAAACUUGAGUACAAAAGACCUGACUUGAACCCUAGUUCAUCAGUACUCUUCUCGAUCUGUACACAGUAUGUUGUUUUUCUGCUCAGACACUGAAACCAUAUUCAACUACUUUUUUGAGUUAUACUAUUUACCACUCCACUAAUUAGCAUGUCAGAUUUUUAAGGCUGGUUUUUUCAGGAAAGCUGGUUUUGGGAAAAAGGGUUGUUUAUUUUUGAGCAUUUUCGAAACCAGCUUUUGUCUUAGAUCUUCAUUUGUUUACCUAUUCAGAGUGGGUUUUGUUUUGGGUAGGAGAAAAAAUACUGUAGCUGUUCAUAGAUCAGGGUUUACUCAAAAAAGUAAACUAGAUAAUUCUUUGGUAAUAAUUAUCGGCGGGUGAAUGAUUUGGGUAAGAGGGUUUGCGAGAAAGAGAUAAGAAUUUGGAGUUGAUCAGUUAGACUGUCUGGUAGUUUUUAUCUUCUUUGGAUCUCAUUUAGAUUUAGAUACAAUAGUAGAAUUAAUCAAACAAGAAAUAAAGCGUAAAGAAUUGAACAAGGAUAAUGAAACUAGAGCCAAUUUAACCUUUUCUAUCAACCCGACGUAACGGAAGAGAGCUGGUUGGUGCAUUCAAGAUCAAUUUUUGGUGGUUUGCUCAACAAAUUCGGAGAUAAAAACAAGAAGGGCCUAGAUACUUGUUAUCUUUAUUGGGAAGAGGGAAAUUUUUUGUGUGGUGUUGUUGAAGAAAAAGCAAUGGCAAAUAGAUGGUGGGCAGAAGCUAUGGCGACGAACCCAAUGUCAUCUUCAGCGGCUGCAUCUCUUCACCUCAGAAGCUCUGCAGAAGAUGAAAAUCCCGCCUUCAACAAUGCAUCAAACAGCAGCGGAAGCAACCCUAACCAAAACCCUGAUGAAGGAGAGAAUCAUGACAUAUUGGACGGCCAGGACCAAGACCAAAACCUGUCCGGCGAUCUGGAGCCGUCGUCGAGCUCAGGCCGCAGGCCCCGAGGCCGGCCUCCGGGUUCAAAGAAUAAGCCGAAGCCCCCAAUUCUCAUCACUAAAGAAAGCCCAAAUGCUCUCCGCAGCCAUGUCCUGGAAAUCGCCAGUGGCAGCGAUGUUCUGGAAAGCAUUUCUACCUUUGCUCGGCGCCGCCAUUGUGGGGUUUCGGUUUUGAGUGGCAGUGGAAUUGUGACGGAUGUGAGAUUGCGUCAACCGGCUGCUCCUGGUGGAGUGAUCAGCCUCCAGGGAAGAUUUGAGAUGUUGUCCUUGUCAGGGGUAUUUUUGCCGGAGCCUGCGCCGCCAGGCGCCACCGGGCUCGCUGUGUACUUGGCAGGCGGGCAAGGGCAGGUGGUUGGUGGCACUGUGGCUGGUGCAUUGGUGGCAUCAGGGCCAGUGAUGGUUAUUGCCGCCACGUUUACUAAUGCAGUAUAUGAGAGGUUGCCUCUGGAAGACGAAGCCGCCAGUGAAGGAACACGGUUAGAGUCCAAAUUGGGAGUGAAUGCUGGUGCAUCGCCAUCUCAUGGUCAUGGUUUGGCAGCUGAUCAUCAAUCGAAAUCGACUGCGCCUUUGUAUAAUUUGCCUCCUAAUUUGCUUCCAAACGGGGAAGGGCCGAACGACGUAUUUUGGGCUCCUCAGCCAUGCCCUCCUCCUUAUUGACAUGACAAAUUAAGCCACUAAUUAGAUAAUUCUGGAAGCUCUUAUGAGGACAAGAAUCAGGAAACAAGGUCAGAAUGCAUCUUCUGAUCAUCUCAGUAGGUUUUCUGGUGCUGCGCUUUUGUGGCUUCAAAUGAGCAAAUGAACAAAAUGAUGUUGUUCUUUGAAUAAUGGGACAUCUCCCAACUGGUAACUUGCUUAAUUUCCUCCUCAUUAACUUGGUACUUUUUCCUUAGUUUUAUGAUUAUAGUUAUGUCCUAAUUAAUUAAGAACCUAUGCUACACAACUUAUAUAAAAUUUCUUGCUGGUAACUUGGAUGCUA